AUGCAACUCGCCGAGCGCCAGGAAGCCGCACUUGAGCGUGGGCAACCUACGGAAACUCUGGACGUAGCACAAGAGUCCCACAAGUACCCUGAGGGCGGCAAAGAUGCAUGGCUUGUUGUGGCUGGUGCAUGGUGCGCCAUGAUACCAUCCAUGGGUCUUCUCAAUACUCUUGCAGUUCUGCAGGCCUGGGUUUCACAGAAUGAACUUCAUGGGCUCCCGGAGUCGACAAUAGGCUGGAUGUUUAGCACUUACGCCUUCUUCCUCUACUUUUGCGGCGCUCAAGUUGAGUUCUACCAGUUUUUGCUCACCUUUGGUGUCCUCGGCGGCGUAUCAGCUUCGCUUCUUUUCAACCCGAGCAUCGCUGCAGUCGGGCACUGGUUCUCGGAACGUCGUGCUCUAGCUACAGGAAUAGCCUGCACGGCUGGAGGCGUCGGCGGCGUUGUCUUUCCUCUCAUCAUUCUCUACAUGGCUCCCAGGGUUGGUUUUCCAUGGGCCAUCAGGACGGUUGGGUUUAUCUGUGCUGCCGCGUCUGUUUUGGCAUGCACGCUCUUGAAGAAGAGGCUUCCACCAAGCAAGACAUCCAGUGGCGCAAUCGACCUCAAGGCGCUGAAAGAGACAAAAUUCGGUCUCGCAACAUUGGCCGUCUUCCUGAUCGAGUUCGCAGUCUUCAUCCCGUACACUUACAUUUGCUUGUACGCUAUCCAUGAGGGCAUCGAUCUCCAGAAGUCUCUCCUCCUAAGUGCACUGCUCAACGCUGGAGCGAUCCCAGGCCGUGCCCUACCGGGCUACGUCGCAGACCGAUUUGGUCCCUUCAAUGUCAUGUGCGUCACUGCCUUGGUGUGCUCGGCAUUCAUCUUCGCGCUCUGGUUGACAGCGCAUGGCGGAGAAGCUGCUACGACUGCCUUUGCGGUCAUGUUUGGAUUCUGGUCCGGAGCUGCCAUCAGCUUGACGCCAGUCUGCAUUGGACAGGUGUGCAAAAUCGAAGACUAUGGGAAAAGGAGUGGCACGGCGUUCUUUGUCUGCAGUUUUGGUGCCCUUGUCGGUGUGCCCUUCGCUGGAGCUAUUCUGCAAUGGUCAGGUGGCACUUAUGACGGCCUUAUACUCUUUGCGGGUGGUCUAUACAUCUUGUCGUUCUGCGCUUUUGCCGUUGCUAGAGGCGUAGCUUGUGGUUGGAAUCCCAAGACCUUGUUCUAG